CGGGUGAGUAUUUAUAUUUGCGACUGCUUUCUUCCUUCUUCCUUCUUCCUGCUCCGCCCAUCGGUCCGAUCAUGGAAGACUCUGUGUUCACGCCGGCACUUCGAGCGAUCCCUGAUGUGAAGUCCGCAGACGGCGUCAUCAUGACGAAGCCGUGGCUGGAGUUGUGCGGCUACAUAUUGCCUGUCAUAGACCGUUUUGGUGCUGCCUUGGCCCUUGUCAAGUCCGAUAUUGGAGGAAAUAUCUCGCGGCUGCAAGGAAUUUAUGACAAGCACCCAGAAAUGUACAGAGAUGUAUACGAUAUCGUCCGCAAGGAGGUGGCUGCGAAGACUGCGAGAGGGUCAUCCAGCGGGACUAACGGUCUGUUAUGGCUCACGAGGGCUAUGGAUUUUCUCGUGGCGAUGUUCAAAAACCUCGUCGAUCAUGCCGAUUGGAGUAUGCACCAUGUCGCCACCGAGGCCUAUGGAGCAACGCUCAAGCCUUACCAUGGAUGGUUUGCGAGCUCUGCGUUCUCCGUCGCUCUGAAGCUGAUCCCGAGCCGUGAGACAUUCAUGAAAAAGCUUGGCGGAGGUGAUCUUGAGGGAGACAUGGCCAAAUUUGUCGACAAGUUUUCUCCGUUCUUGGCACAGAAUCACGAGUUCCUGAAAAGUGAGGGCCUGGAUGACAUGAAGGCCUCCUGAUCUCCUUGCUCUCCUACAGAUGUGAACACAGACGAGUUUUGCUGAAACGUGAGGGCCUGGAUGACAUGAAGGCCUCAUCUCCUUGCUGUCCAACGGAUGUGAACAACAUCAGGGUCGGUCGCCGAGUUUCUCUCGUCUUCAAGAGAUGCAAACAUGCCAGCGCAUCAACAAUAGCUAAUGUGACGAUUGAUACUCUUCAUCUUUUUUUUCGUAUGCUCUUUUGAGUACUGUGCGAGUUGGCGUUGGACAAAUCUUCGUGGGUAGACAUUUCGGUGUUAGGAUUUAUGUAUGUAUUCCCUGCCUCUCAAUUGGAUCGGCAGGUUGGCUUUUAGCAGAGGUUAUUUCGCAUAUUAAUUAGAUCUUGAAAAAAAUGAUGAUGCUGUAUCGUAGAAUCUCUUCCUGUUCAAAACUCAUGUGUUUAGUUGAUUGAUGCUGCUGUAUGAAUUUAGUUGAUUGAUGCAGCUGUAUGAAUGUCCUCAUAGCAUUUUUUCUUCUUUGCUCCUGAAAGUUGUGUGUUUCGUUGAGUAGGAUAGAUUGCUCUGAUGUGAUCGGGUCCUUCUGGGUCUGUCUCUUAUACACAUCUAGAUGUGUAUAAGAGACAGGUUCAAAACUCAUGUGUUUAGUUGAUUGAUGCUGCUGUAUGAAUUUAGUUGAUUGAUGCAGCUGUAUGAAUGUCCUCAUAGCAUUUUUUCUUCUUUGCUCCUGAAAGUUGUGUGUUUCGUUGAGUAGGAUAGAUUGCUCUGAUGUGAUCGGGUCCUUCUGGGUCCUGUAAAAAGCGAAACUGGGUAAGGCUCCCAGAGUGUUCAUCAUUGACUUCCGGGUAGACUGUGAGGACCCCGGCCUCAAACAUAUCUUUGGUAAUACUAGUAUUAGCCUCGGACAAAAGAAAAAAACGCAAAAAAAAUUCGUUGCCAGGCCGCCGACGUAGUGCUUGUUCGUUCACGCGAGGAAUCCGAGCAAUCAACUUGCACGUUAGUG